AUGUGGCGCGCAACUUACAAGGCGGCGAAGGUUCCGCUGGUGGAGCAGCUGGCCUCUGCAGCUGAACAGAAGGCGCAGCAAUUGCAGUUCAAGCUGCAGGUGGCGGAGCAGAAAGCUGCGGAGGCAAAGGGACAUGAUAUGCACAUCUCCAAAAGGAAGUGGAACAAGAUCCUGACGAGCUACCCAUUGGUUGGUCAGCUUCUGCCGCGGCCUGACGCAGGGGUAUGCCACUUUGUGAAACCCGUGGUGAUCCUCGUGUGCCGCAUGGGCUCGGGAAGUCGCCAAGGUUUCCAGCGCAGUCCGGUGCAGCCCAAGGCCUUCAGAGUUUCCAAGCGUUGCCAAGUGCCAAGAGGCUACUGCUACUGCUGCUGCCUUUGCCUAGGCCCUGACCAACUGGCCAUGACUCGUCUCAAGCACUUCGCUUGCAUCCGUGUCCGGCAGGCAAAGCCACUCAAGGUCGCGGUGAGCCAGGCCCAGCCCAAAGUGCAACUUGUUCCAGUGGCGGAAGGAGGGCUGGAUGCUCGCUUCAGCGUCUACGUCCCAGAUGCCAAUCGCAUGCAGAUGACACUUCCGUACCCCGAGGACACGGAAGAAUUCCCUGUUGUAUUGUUCCUGUCAGACAUGGGCUGCAGCGACCUGGAGGUCCUCAAGCAAGGCAACGCGUUGGAGCAUUGCGCUUCGUGCGGCUUGAUACUUGUGGCAGCUGAUACGUCACCAAGAGGCCCUGGUGUUGCAGACGAGGCCGAGCGGAAGGACGUGGGCAUAGCAGCCAGCUACUACGUCAAUGCCACUCAGUCACCGUGGAACCGGCACUACCGGAUGCGGGAUUACCUGGAAAAUGAGCUCUUGAAGGUUGUGCACGCCAACUUCCCCACCUGCGGGCCUGAAUGGGUCUCAGCCAUGGGCCAUGGGAUGGGUGGCAUGGGUGCGCUUGCUUUGGCAAUUCGAAAUCCGGAGCGCUUCAGGUCUGUCUCGGCUCUGGCGCCCAUUUGUCAUCCUUCAGAGGUCAGAGGAGUUUCGCCAGAUGUGCAAGGAGCACUCUCCUCCUACCUUGGCAAGGACGAGGCAGCUGCAAAGCAAGCGGCAACGCUCAGGACCGCCGGCUUCACGCAGGCGAGCCAAAGCGUGGAUGCCUCUGCCAGUCCGCAAAGUGAGCCGCAAGGCUCCUCCGAACAGCGGGGGCAAACACAAGAGCUGCCCAUGAACACACUACAGCAAGUGCUGGGUGCAGCCUUAGACUCAGCCAAGCUGCAAGCGUCAGCAACAGCGGUCAUAAGCCAGGCCUCGAGUGACCUAAUCGCCCUGAGCGGCCCCAGCCCUGGCGGCAGCGCCACGCCCGCGGAGGCGGAUGCAGGGCCUGCAGAAGAGGCAGAUGCCACUCCGAAAGCUGCUCAGCUAAAGCGCAGCGCUUGUCAGGACUUGGAGGGGCUGCCGGCCAAGGCCUCGAGUGACCUAAUCGCCCUGAGCGGCCCCAGCCCUGGCGGCAGCGCCACGCCCGCGGAGGCGGAUGCAGGGCCUGCAGAAGAGGAAGAUGCCACUCCGAAAGCUGCUCAGCUAAAGCGCAGCGCUUGUCAGGACUGGGAGGGGCUGCCGGCCAAGGCCUCGAGUGACCUAAUCGCCCUGAGCGGCCCCAGCCCUGGCGGCAGCGCCACGCCCGCGGAGGCGGAUGCAGGGCCUGCAGAAGAGGCAGAACGUCAGCGAGCGCCAUGCCAGCAUCCAGCAUCCAGUCCAAAGCAGCCACAGCAGAGCCAAACAGACCCAAGCUACUCCGAGCACUCCAACACUGGUACGAAACUUUGCAGAUCCGACAAUCUGGCAGGCAGAUGCCACUCCGAAAGCUGCUCAGCUAAAGCGCAGCGCUUGUCAGGACUUGGAGGGGCUGCCGGCCAAGGCCUCGAGUGACCUAAUCGCCCUGAGCGGCCCCAGCCCUGGCGGCAGCGCC